AUAAAUAUCAAAAUUGCAAAGAACCCUUCACAAGACACCAAAGGGUGAAGAAAAAGCAAAAACACUGAAUACACCAAAAAUGGCCAAAAGCAAAAACUGUCAUGCUUUGCCUCUUCUCCUUGCCCUGAUCCUCUUCUUCACUCUUCUUGGAACCUCUCACGCAGGUGGCAUAGCCAUCUACUGGGGGCAAAAUGGUAACGAGGGCACCCUCUCAGAAGCAUGUGCAACAGGCAAAUACACCCACAUAAACAUAGCCUUUCUCAACAAAUUCGGCAAUGGCCAAACCCCAGAAAUGAACCUGGCUGGUCACUGCAACCCCGCAACCAAUUCCUGCACAAAGUUCAGCUCCGAAAUCAAGGACUGCCAAAGCAAAGGGAUCAAGGUGUUACUUUCAAUAGGUGGUGGCAUUGGAAGCUACACUUUGGCUUCAGUAGAAGAUGCAAGAAACGUUUCAACUUUUCUGUGGAACACUUUCUUGGGAGGCAAGUCAUCAUCAUCUUCAAGGCCACUAGGUGAUGCUGUGUUGGAUGGCAUAGACUUUGACAUUGAACUUGGUUCAACACAAAACUAUGAGCACCUUGCACGUUUUCUUAAGGCGUAUAGUGGGGUUGGCGGGAAGAGGGUGUACCUAGGUGCUGCUCCUCAGUGUCCAAUUCCUGAUAGAUUUUUGGGCACUGCCCUUAACACUGGCCUUUUUGACUUUGUUUGGGUUCAGUUCUACAAUAACCCUCCGUGUCAGUAUGCUAAUGGGAACAUAACUAACCUUGUGAGUUCUUGGAACCGGUGGACUAGUACGGUGCCUGCCGGGAAGAUAUUUUUAGGGUUGCCGGCCGAUCCGGCCGCCGCUGGCAGCGGUUUCAUUCCGGCUGACACGUUGACUUCUCAGAUCCUGCCUGUGAUUAAGGAGUCGCCAAAAUAUGGUGGGGUGAUGCUGUGGUCAAGAUUCUUUGAUGUCCAGAACGGGUAUAGUACUUCAAUUAUUGGCAGCGUGUGAAGAGUGGUUGCAAUUAGCCAAUGAUUUUUUAUUUUCAAGUUGUGAUUUUAAAAGUAAUAACUACUAGGAAAAGAAUAAUGUACUUUUGUGAAGUGGUGUGUUGUUAUCUGCAAUUGUGGGCGCAUGAAUAUAUUGCACUUUGGUUUGUUUUAUUUUCAA